AUGGCGCCAGCGUCAGCUCUUACAAUGACUCCACCACAACCUAAGCGGCCUACGCAGCAAUCUAGCCCGCUUAUGACGCCAAUUCCGAGUGCGGCUUCUUCGGUAGCCCCAAUAUUGAGAGGGACGUUAUUCCCAAACCUACGGACCUAUUCAGCAAAUCGAGGCUCAGAUCCACCAAGCAUAACCAUAGAUGCAGACCACCGGGUUUGCAGCGGUGGGGAAAAGAGGAGAGCUUUAAGAUGUCACCCUGUACUCCUAGAGGAUAUUUGGGAGACGACCAGCACAAAUAUGGGCGCACCGUCUUCCUUCAGCAGUACAGCAACUAGCGAAAGUGCUGCUGGACGCCUUGGACCUGAUACAACUUCGCAGUCCUCUCAGGAGACGACGGAUUCGGUUGAAAUCCCUGAAACGCCACCAGCGACCGAGGAAUUACGGUACCUUGAGGCUCCCUCCGUCGUGGGAGUGAAGGGGAAAAGGCUGGACACGAAACGACCUCAGUACCUCGUUCUGUGCUGGAUGGACCCUCGAGAAGAGCAUGUGGCUAAUCCUGAUCUCGCUCGUCGCUGUCGGGAGUAUGACGAAAGGGUUUCACGAGAUGUGGCACAACGCGAACGUCUAUCCACUCUCAGGUCUCGAAAACAUACCCGAACACAAGACCAAAUGUAUGCUGGCCAAUCUCGCAAGAAGGCCAAAAUAAAUGGAGCCACCUCUACAUCUCAUGAUCGCACCUGUUCCUCACGCCAAGUGGGGGAAUAUGUCUUCCUGGACUCAGAUAUCCAUUCGGCGAGCAUCGUGGCCAUCUGA